AUGGCCUCAGUUAUCGACGCGGUCAAGACUCUCAGCCUCAAUGGCUCCGCAAAGGAGGUCAACGGCGACAAGAUUGCCAUUCGCAACAUCUGCUGCGUUGGCGCUGGCUAUGUCGGUGGCCCUACCGCCGCGGUCAUUGCUUUCCAGAACCCUCACAUCAAGGUCACCGUGGUCGACCGAGACGUGACCCGUAUCCGCCGAUGGAACUCGCGCCAUCCCCCCAUCUACGAGCCCGGCCUGCACGACAUUGUCCGCAUUGCCCGUGAUGGCGGCCGCGAGACCGACAUCUCUGGCCAGUCCUCCGAGGGAAUCGCCUCCGAGAAGGGCGAGACCAAGGUUGCUCGCCGAGAGGGCAACCUCUUCUUCAGCACCGACGUCGCCGGCCACAUUGCCGAGGCCGACAUUGUCCUCGUGGCCGUCAACACCCCCACCAAGGAGCGCGGUGUCGGUGCCGGCAGCGCCACAGACAUGACUGCUUUCGAGGCCGUCACCGGCUUCGUGGCCCAGUAUGCGCGCGAGGGCGCCAUCAUUGUCGAGAAGAGCACUGUUCCCUGCCGAACUGCUCAGCUCGUCGCAGACACUCUCGCCAUGCACCGCCCCGGUGUCCACUUCGAGAUCCUGUCCAACCCCGAGUUUUUGGCCGCCGGUACCGCCGUCAACGAUUUGCUCUACCCCGAUAGAAUCCUCAUCGGCUCCGCUCCCACUCCCUCCGGCAAGCGGGCUGCCGAGGCUCUGCUCGAGGUCUACGCCGCCUGGGUUCCUCGCGAGCGUAUCCUGACGACCAACGUGUGGUCCUCUGAGCUUGCCAAGCUGGUUGCCAACUCCAUGCUGGCUCAGCGAAUUUCCAGCAUCAACUCCAUCUCUGCCGUCUGCGAGCAGACUGGCGCCGAUGUUGACGAGGUCGCCCGUGCCAUCGGUGUCGAUCCCCGUAUCGGCAACAAGUUCUUGAUGGCCGGUAUCGGUUUCGGCGGCAGCUGCUUCAAGAAGGACGUUCUCAACCUCGUCUACCUGGCCGACACCAUGGGCCUGCCCGAAGUUGGCGAGUACUGGAGACAGGUCGUCAAGAUGAACGAGUACGCUCGUGAUCGAUUCACCAACCGCGUGAUUAAAUGCCUCAACAACACCCUUGUCGGCAAAAAGGUCACCAUCCUCGGCUACGCCUUCAAGAAGAACACCUCAGAUACUCGUGAGGCUCCUGCUCUGGAGAUGAUCAAGACGCUCCUGGAGGAGCGGCCCCGCGAGAUUGCCGUCUUCGACCCUUGCUGCAACCCGUUCGUCGUCAAGAACGAGAUCAAGGCCCUUCUCGGACCCGAAAUCACAGCCAGCGUCCACGUCUACGGCAAUGCCUACGACGCCUGCAAGGACAGCACAGCGGUCGUCAUCGCUACCGAGUUCGACGAGUUCCGCAACCAGCCCAUCCCCGUGGCCGCUCCCAAGCCCGUAGACCAGCCCGAGCCCAAGAUGCUUGGCCGCAAGCCCAACCCCAAGGCGGACCCCAGACCGUUCAAGGAAUCGGCCCCCACGGAGAACGAUCUCUUGGCGCUGCACAAGCACCUGGUGCAGCGCGACGGCCAGACGUCCCAGGAUCCUCUGGACCGAUUCAACGUCGAGCCCGACUGCGACGAGAGCUGCCCCGACUGCAUCCAGGCCAAGGAGAGCAAGGAGACGGGCUUCGCCACGGGCAUGGGCAGCGCCGAAGAGUACAAGCCCAAGGAGCGACUGGACUGGGUGCGCAUUGCCGAGACCAUGGCCAAGCCCCGAUGGGUGUUUGACGGCCGUGGCGUCAUUGACUCUCGCGAGAUGAUCAAGCUGGGCGUUCGCGUCGAGAGUGUCGGUCGCCAGCACCGCUUCUAG